GGAAACGGAUAUGUUUUGUCGGAAAAGUCUUUUUUCCCGCUGGCCCUAAAUGGAAGACGGCGGCCUUCUUCCUUGAGGAUGAAACCUUUGCCGUUCACAGGUUGACCUCAGUUUGCAGAAAUCUAAUAUGUCAUACGAAAAGGAGUUGUUCAGGCUGGAUCAACCCCAUGGGGAUGGUGAGCUGUAUUUUGCCUGGCAAAAAGGAAACGGUGUUUACUUGGCCACUGUUGGGAAUGAUUAUUCUGUUGCCAUAUUUAACAGGCAGGGGAAAGUCCACGAAAGAAUUAAACUACCUGGACAGUGCACAGGUUUUGGCUGGGACUGUGAUGGAGAUUUAUUGGGUCUCAUUUGCGAUGGAUCAUUUUCAAUUUUAUUUUGGGAUUCAAAUACUGGGAAAAAGUUUCCAAUAGACACAGGUCUAAGGGAUAGUUUAACCGUUAUAUCAUGGGCUUUGAAUGAACCAAUUGUGGCUGUUGGGAGUGCUAGGGGAAACCUUGCCAUUUAUAAUCACCGAACUUCUAAGAGGAUUCCAGUGCUAGGAAAGCACAGCAAAAGAAUCGUUACUGCCGCUUGGGGUAGUACGAAUGUCUUGGCUUUGGGGUCUGAGGACAGAACGAUAUCAAUAAACAAUUCUGACGGGGACACUUUAAAGAUGUUCCAGCUGUCGGCAGAUCCAUCUGCCCUGCAGUUCACCCAAUUUCAAUCCGAUGACAGAUCAUCUCCUGAUACGAUGGUUAGUCUAAUAGUCGGUAAAAAGAUGUUACUUAUUUACAAUCUGCAAGAACCCGAUGAUCCUAUUAAACUGGCCUUUGAACCAGUUUAUGGAAAUAUUGUAGCUUAUGAAUGGUAUAAGGAUGGUUAUAUACUCCUUGGAUUCAGUGCUGGUUACUUGGUAUGUACUUCUACUAACGCCAAGGAACUUGGAAAGGAGUUGUUCCAAAUGAAAAACCACCAUAUAAGACUUUCAUACCUUUCAAUCUGUUCAGUACUUUCCAAAGUCGCUACUUGCGGUGACAACAAUGUCAAAAUUCACGAGUUGAAAAACCUAUCAGAUGUCACAGCUAUAAUAACUUUGUCUGAUGAAUCUGGAGUUGAUCGCGUCGGUUGGAGCGAUGACGGCCAGCUCAUUUGUGUGGCUACCAACACGGGUUCCGCUGUCGUUUACGUUUCCAGAUUGGCGAGGCUGUACGCUUGCCAUACAAAUGUCAUAGCAAUUUUGACUAGUCUUUCUCAUAUUACAGUGUUUCUGGUCAAGGAAAAAUCUAUACCUGCUGUUCAUAUUUGGACAGAAGUAGAACCAAGCCUACUAGCCGUCGGCCCUUACCACCUUGUUGUCGGCAUGAACAACAGAACUUGGAUCUACGAUUUAAACGGUGAUCCGCCUAUGCCCUCUGGAGAGCCUAUGCAAUCUCUUUCCUCGACUCCCUCACUUCUUGGAGAUAGAGAAUACAUGGGAAAUGUAACUAACAUUCAUUUAAAUGCUGAGUAUACAGCAGCCUUAUUUGCAGGGAAACUUCAUUUACACCUAACUGAAAGUGGAACUGGAAGGAGUUCAGGACGCAUAACUGAAGAAAAGGAAAUGAAAAUAUUUCCAGAACCAGGGGAACAAAUGAACAUUACUUGUCAUGCUUUGACCACUGAUUUUCUGGUUUAUGCUUCAGAUCUCGGAGAUAUUAGACUGUUUGGAUUAGAUGAUUGGAAGUUAAUCAGAGAAUAUAAGCAUUCCAUUUCUAUAAAAGGCCUUUAUUCGGAUUUGGUAGCGACUAGAGUCAUUAUAAUUGACAACAAGAUGGAAGGCUACCUAUAUUCGCCUGUUCAUAAUGAAAUGGUGCUUAUACCAGAAUUUCCCACCACAACGACUGGUGCGCUGUGGGACCAGUGCCCGGCUGACAGAAAUGUUUUUAUCGCCUUCGACAGUACAACCGUCUAUACGUUCGUUCACAUCAGGGAUUCAAUAGAUGGACCGAAGAUCGAAAAGGUUGGAGAGACGAAACUGCCAGUCGAUCAAAUUCCUUUGCUUCUUCAAAGAGGUUCGAUAACUUUGCAGACCCCGGGCGGAAAACUGACCAAUCUCAUGUUAACGACUCAUAGCAAUUCUUCUUCAAUAAUUCACAGCCAAGGUGAUACAAUGAAGGCUACCCUUGAAAGACACAUUGCAUUGUUGAGGUACAAUGAUGCAUGGAAUACAUGCUUGAUUCUUAAUAACAAGGAGGAUUGGUUAAAACUUGGAAAUGCUGCCUUGAGGAACUUAGAUGUUGAAACUGCAUUGAAGGUUUUUAGACACAUUGGAGACAUCGGGAUGGUUACAUCUCUUCAGAGUAUCCAACACAUUGAAAAUAAAAAAUUAAUCUCCGGACAUAUUGCAGAGAUACUCGGCGAAUUUGAUAAAGCACAAACGCUCUAUCUUGAGUCGAGUGAACCUAUUCAGGCACUAGUCAUGAGGCAAAACCUUCUGCAAUGGGAUCAGGCGUUACAACUAGCAAGAAAUCUUGCUCCUGAACAAGUCCCCUCUACAUCUUUAGAAUAUGCAAACCAAUUAGAAUUAAUGGGAAACCAUGUUGAAUCUUUGGUACAUUUUGAGAGAGCAAUUGUUGACAAUCCGAUUAGCAUACCUGAGAUUGAUAUCCAUAAUGAAAAAUGUCGUUCUGGAAUCGCAAGAACAUCCCUAAGAGUAGGAGAUUAUAGGAGGGGAAUGGCCAUUGCUAAUGAUCCAAAUUGUCCUGCGCCAUUGAAACUCCAGUGCGCUGAAAUAAUGGAAUCUCUCAAGAAGCACAACGAAGCUGCGUUACUGUAUGAAAGUACCGGGAACUUUGACAAAGCUGCAGCAUGUUAUAUAAGUUUGAAAAACUGGAAAAAAGUCGGACAACUUUUGCCUGAGAUUUCUGAUAUGAAAAUAUACAAACAAUAUGCUAAGGCCAAGGAGUCGGACAGUGAUUAUCAAGCUGCAGCCCAGGCUUAUCACGCUGCCGGUGAUGUUGAAAAUGUCGUCAGGCUUCUUAUAGAAAAAUUAAACCAGCCUCAAAAAGCCGUGGCUUUUGUUCAAGAGAGCAGAAAUAUCGAAGCCGCAAAGAGGGUCGCAAAGUUUUUUGAGAAAAUAGGAGAUUAUGCUUCAGCGUUAAAAUUUCUUGUCAUGUCCCGGUCGGAAAACGAAGCGCUACGGCUGUGCAAGGAACAUGGUUUAGUUGAACUUUACGCUAACAUUGUCACAGAAGAAAUGGGAGGGAGUGAAGAAGGUGAACGACAACUCUCGGCACUGGCCGCCCACUUUGAACACCAAGGAAAUUUAAUGCUGGCUGCUAAAUGUUAUUACCACGCUGCACAAUUUAACAAGGCUUUAAGAACAUUGAUUAACAUAGCAAAAGGAGACCCUAAUAAUCAGGAAGCUAUAAUAUUGGCCAUCGAAGUUGUAGGUGCUGCAAAUGAUGAUGUAAUGGCUAACCAACUUAUCGAGCUCCUUUUGGGUGAUUUAGAUGGUGAAGCUCGAGAUCCAAAGUAUGUUUUUAAAUUAUAUCGUGCAAGAAAACAGUAUCGAGAAGCUGCAAAAACUGCCAUUAUUAUUGCCAAUGAAGAACUUGCUAAUGGGAAUUAUAGUGUUGCGCAUUCAGUUUUGUUGGGCAUGUGUAUGGAUCUACAUGACAACGGUUUGCCUGUAACAACAGAGCUUAUGACCCUUUUGACUCUGCUUCAUUCAUACAGGCUAGUAAGGUUGCACGUGAAGAGAGGAGACCAUUACAAAGCAGCCAGAAUGCUUCUUAGAGUCGCAGAUAACAUAUCUAAAUUUCCUGCCCAUGUUGUGCCUAUUCUGACAUCUACGGUGAUUGAGUGUCACCGUGCAGAUUUAAAAGGAGCAGCGUUCAACUAUGCUGCGAUGCUCAUGAGACCAGAACACAAGUCGAAGAUUGAAGAAAAAUACUUGAAAAAACUUGAGAGUGUUGUAAGGAAACCACCGAAAGGUCCGGAUAAUAAAAUCGCAAUUGACAAGCCUGAAGAAACUUCUCCUUGCCCUUAUUGCGAUUAUGAUUUGAUGGAAUCCCAACUUACUUGUCCUCAGUGCAGAAAUAAUAUACCUUUCUGUAUAGCAACAGGCCGUCAUAUUGUAAAAGACGAUUUUACUGUUUGUCCAAAUUGUCAGUUCCCAGGAAUCAAAUCAGAACUAUUAAGUUUGUUGGAGUCUGGAGUCAGAUGUCCGAUGUGCAAUGAAAAAAUCAAUCCCGAUGAGCUGAGGGUCGAGAUUGACUUCGAAUCGUAUUUAUCUCAGAUCAACGAUGAUUAAAUCGAUUAAAAAUACUAGUAUUAAACAAAAUACAUAUAUUUCAAAAAAGCACCCUUAUAUGAGGUGUAAAUUGGUAAUUAUCAAUUUUUGUUGAUUUAUAAACUGUUUUUAUGUUUUGCUGCCAAACUGCAAUUUUUGUUGCCAUGCAAGUGCCUUAUAAAAGUAAUAAGCUGGUUGUUAAAUAUUUUUUGAUCUCAUUUUAUUACUUUAUUGUAGAUCUCAUUUUUCUAUUUUGAAAUGGCUCUUUAUUAUUGUAAAUAAUUUUACCACUGAAGACCAAAAUAAUUAUGAAAAUAAAAUCUCACAUUCCGUCCAGUAGGCUGUACUUAUGUUAGUUACUUAGUAAACUAUUUACUAUUUAUUGUGAUAUGUAGUAUUGACAUUGUAGUAUAUUUUUUUUUGAGUGAUUGAAUAAAACAUCAUUCAUUUUA